UUCUUCAUAAUUUUUCCUUCAUAUCACAACAGUCUCGCAACAACUAACUCUCUACACCGGCCUUUCUCUUCUUCCAUUUAUCUCCCCCACUUUUUCUCCUCCGUCGCCGAUCGUUUCGAUUCUCUCCGACUCCCUAUAACUCUCGCUCAAUGCGCGUAGCCGAACAACCGCUAUAGCAAUCACAGCAACCAAUGGAAAACGGCGUCGUCAAGGAGAACGGAGUUUGCUCGUCGGAGUCGGUUAAUGGCAGUCGCGACGUCUGGAGUGCUAAGGAAUCCGAUUCUUCAUCCGCUGACCAUCUCGUCGUCAUGGUCCAUGGGAUUAUGGGAAGUACCUCAGAUUGGAAGUUUGGAGCAGAGCAGUUUGUUAAAUUGCUCCCCGACAAAGUUCUUGUUCAUUGUAGUGAACGGAAUACCUCUACGCUGACUCUGGAUGGUGUGGAUGUAAUGGGAGAGCGCUUGGCAGGAGAGGUUGUCGAACUGGUUCAAAGAAAGCCAAAUUUACGUAAGAUCUCAUUCGUUGCACAUUCUGUUGGAGGGUUAGUGGCAAGAUAUGCAAUUGGGAGACUAUAUAGACCUGCUAAGGGAGAAAAUAUGGAAAAUUCACAUCCUAAUGGCUGUGAAGAGGAUUCAAGGAGUACAAUAUGUGGCUUGGAGCCUAUGAAUUUCAUCACUGUUGCUACACCUCAUCUUGGUUCAAGGGGUAACAAGCAGGUGCCAUUUCUUUUUGGCGUACCUGCCUUCGAAAAACUUGCUAGUGCAGUUAUCCAUUUGAUAUUUAGGAGAACAGGUAGGCAUCUGUUUCUUAAUGACGAUGACGAUGGCAAGCCUCCACUGCUUAAACGAAUGAUAGAAGAUUAUGAUGGCUGUUAUUUCAUGUCGGCAUUGCGUAGUUUCAGACGUAGGGUGGCAUAUUCAAACGUGGGCUAUGACCAUAUUGUCGGCUGGAGAACAUCAUGCAUUAGACGUACUUGUGAACUGCCGAAGUGGGAGGAUACUGUUGAUGAAAAAUAUCCACAUAUAGUUUAUGAAGAGCACUGCAAGGCCUAUGAUGCUGAGCAGUGUGAGCCCACUUCAGCAGAAGGCAAUGACUGUGACCAGCUUGAAGGGGAGCUAGUGACGGGCCUAUCUCGUGUGUCAUGGGAAAAAGUAGAUGUUAGUUUCCACUGCAGCAAACAGAGAUUUGCUGCUCAUAGUGUCAUUCAGGUAAAAGAUCAAACUGCACAUAAAGAAGGCGAAGAUGUUAUACGUCAUAUGAUUGAUCAUUUCCUCCAUUAAAAUCUAAUAAUAACUCGAAGAAAUGUCAUUGGAACCAGGUUCUGUUGUUCAAUGCUACACUCGAGCUUAUGCUGUUGAGAAAUCUAUGAUUUCUGUACCACUAGACUACAUCCAUCGUCUCAGUACAAGCUGGGCCUGCACGUAUGAUCUCGCUACCAGAGAGCCUUACACAAAAAAUGUGUUCAAGGAAGCAGCAGGCAGUCAACAGAAAUUUAAUUUAUUCGUUACUGUUUGUAUUGUAUUUUGAACGCAACAUUAUUAAGAUGAAAUUAGUUUUAUAUA